ACAAAAACCAAACAGCCAAUCAUAAAUAACUUAAUUAAUAAAUGAUUUUUUUUUUUUUUUUAAGAAAAGGAAGAAGAAGAAGCCUUCUAUCGUAAGGAAGCAAAGCAUUGCUUGUAAUUACGCGUCAUCUGAGCGUAGCAGGAGGUUAAAUUCCCACUUUCUGAUCUGAUCGUGAGCAGUCAGUCAUGUCGAUGCUCGAUUCCUUCUUCAACAAGGGCUUUAAAGCUGCGAAAUGUAAAACCCUGCUUAAGUUGACUACACCGCGUAUAAAGUUGCUGAGGAAUAGGAGAGAGAUUCAGGUAAAGCAAAUGCGUCGAGACAUUGCUAAGCUUCUUGAGACUGGCCAAGAAGCGACUGCUCGCAUUCGGGUAGAGCAUAUAAUAAGAGAAGAAAACAUGAUGGCUGCUCAAGAGAUCCUUGAGCUAUUCUGCGAGCUUAUUUCUGUGCGCCUUCCAAUCAUUGAAGUACAAAGGGAGUGUCCUUUAGACUUGAAAGAAGCAAUAUCUAGCAUCUGUUUUGCUGCACCAAGAUGCGCAGAUCUGCCAGAGUUGUUGCAGGUUCAAAUGCUAUUUGCUUUCAAAUAUGGAAAGGAAUUUAUAGCUGCUGCAACUGAGCUUAUGCCAGAAUGUGGUGUCAAUCGACAGUUGAUAGAACUCUUAUCUGUUCGUGCUCCUUCACCUGAAGUAAAAUUGAAACUUCUGAAGGAAAUUGCUGAAGAGCAUGAAUUAGAUUGGGAUCCAGCUGCCUCUGAAAAGGAGCUUUUGAAAAAACAUGAAGAUUUAUUGAAUGGUCCAACACAAUUUGUUAGUGGGUCUAAGUUGCCCCUUCCAGAAGAGAAACAUAAUGAAGCAUUGAACUCUGUUCCUGAUCAUUCCCAUAAUAAGGACCCUGAUUCAGAUUCAGACUUUGAAGAAUUAGAUUUUCCCGAAGUCCCUAAAGUGUCUUUACGGCCAAAUGCCAAUGCCGCCUCAGCACCAGAAAUGGAACCUAUACCAGAUUCUGCACAGCGUAGCAUUGAUAGUGAAUCAUCAAAUCACUCUGCAACCUCUGAAAAUCUAGCUCAGGGAUCUCAUUUGGAAAAUGAGGAUGGGACUGAAGAAAAGCUAGUGGCUGCCAAGGAAGAAAUGCCCAAUAUUAUGGUAGGUGCCAACAAAGAAAAACAAUUUGUGCCAUUUAUGUCUCCCCUAUCAGUAGCUUCUACACCCCUUUCAACAAGGCCGAGUAGUUUGCCUCCUACCUCAAGGACAAAAAGCGAGGCCAAUGUAGAUCUGCAGGAUGUUUUAGCUGCUGCUCAAGCUGCUGCAGAAACUGCUGAACGUGCAGCAGCAGCAGCCCGCUCAGCAGCUACUCUUGCACAGGCCAGGAUUAGUGAGCUCACCAAGAAAAAUAGUGAGAAGUUCCCUGAGGAUAGUAAUGAGAAUCCAUUUCAUACAGAUACUCUUGAUCAAUCAGCUACUACAGAAAAGCCACAUUUUGAUCAUCAACAUUCUUUUGAUCCUACGGGUGUUGAUCGUGACUCACAUCAACUUCAUGAAGACCACCAGCCAUCAAAAUUACAUGAUCUUCCUUCCUUCGGAAAACUCAACACUGAAUAUGAUUCUCCUCCAAGUGAUCAUGUUCGUGAGCAAGGUUCUUUUCAUCACCAGCCACAGAGGCUGCCUUCAAUGGAUGAUGAGUCAUACUUCUCGUACCCAAAUUUGUUUACGCCUCAGAACCCAAAUGUUGGAACCAAUGCUCAAUCUGUGACAGAUAAUUCCCACUCCAUCCAUUAGGUUUGAGUUGCAGGGUCUUGAAGCAUCUAUUUUCAGGUCCCGACCAAUGAGUAGAUUUGGCAUAAUGGCACUUAUACUGGAGGGUAUUGAUCCUUCUGUAUUAUUUGUAGAGCAAUAAGGUCAUUAGCUGUUAUAGAGUGCAAGUACAAUGCAAUUAUGGCUGCCAGUGUUCAACAAGGUUUUGGACAAGGAAAAUUCUAUUGUGGCUGAGAAGCUAUCUCAAAUGGUGUGUUCUGUGAUGUGUUGGUGAGGUUUAGGGUUUUUGUGCAAAAAACAGCAUCGUGUUGGUAAUAAAUUUCUUUUUCAACUUUUUGAUA